AUGUAUUCGAGUGACGAUUACAACGAGGGAGGCUACGAGUCUUACGGUGAUUAUGAAGCACCAUCAGGCGAGCAAUAUGAAGGUGACUACGAUAGAUCGUAUUAUAAAAUGCCCGAUAUGGUUAAAAAAUUCCUGGUCUACUUCCGUAACAUGAUAAAUGAGGGAGUGACUUAUGAGAUUCUGAAUCUGUAUGAGAAUACUUUCCCUAAACUUACUGAGCAGUAUUUUGAGAAUACUCCCUGGCCUGAGGAGGAGGAGGUUGCUCCUAUUGUGGACAAUGAUCAUGUGUUUAUGAUCCUGUACAAGGAACUGUACUACCGUGACAUAUACGCGCGUGUCCCGGGCGGACCGAAACCGGACCAACGGUUCCAUUCAUUCUACAACUACUGCGAUUUGUUCAACUACAUCCUCUCUGCGGAGACGCCGGUGCAGCUGGAACUGCCUGAUCAGUGGCUCUGGGAGCUGAUUGAUGAGUUUGUUUAUCAGUUCCAGUCGUUUGCGCAAUACAGAUCGCGCACAUCUAAGCUCAGUCCUGCUGAAAUUGAAGCAUUGAACACUGAGAACAAAGCAUGGAAUGUUCUCUGCAUCCUCAAUGUGCUGCAUUCUCUGGUAGACAAGUCCAACAUCAAAAGGCAGCUUGAGGUGUACGCGGCUGGUGGUGACCCGGACUCAGUGGCCGGUGAAUUCGGCCGCCAUUCGCUUUACAAGAUGUUGGGGUACUUCUCCCUCGUAGGCUUGUUGCGCUUGCAUUCUCUGCUCGGAGAUUAUUAUCAGGCUAUCAAGGUCCUGGAAAACAUUGAGCUGCACAAGAAAUCUCAGUAUUCGCACGUACCAGCGUGCCAAAUAUCCACUUCAUACUAUGUGGGCUUCGCGUACAUGAUGAUGCGCCGCUACGCUGACGCCAUCCGCACGCUCUCCUCCGCUUUGCUGUACAUGCAGCGCACAAAGCAGCUCUUCUCAUCCCGUUCGUACCAGAACGAUCAGAUCAACAAACAGACUGAGCAAAUGUACAAUCUUCUGGCCAUUUGCUUGGUUCUUCACCCGCAGUGCGUGGACGAAUCUAUUCAGCAGGUACUAAGAGAAAAGAACUAUCAUGAGAAGAUGUUCAAGAUGCAGUAUGGAGAUUUGGGAGAAUUUGAAUCCUGCUUUACUUUCGCGUGCCCCAAAUUCCUGUCGCCCUGCCCACCCCCCAUCGAGCCUGGCUCAAACUACGGCCGCGAUGCCGUCAAGCAUCAAACUCAAGUUUUUAUGGAUGAGGUUCGCCAGCAGAAAAUGUUGCCAACUAUUCGGUCUUACUUGAAGCUGUACACGACCCUUCCGUUGGCCAAACUAGCGGCGUUCAUGUCAGCGGCGCGCGGCGGCGACAGGGAUGCCGCGCGAGAACACGCCGCUCUCGCCAUACACCUGCUCUGCUUCAAGCACAAGAUGAAGAACGUCGUGUGGACCAAGGGACCUAGCGGACUCGAUGGAAAGUUCCAGAGUGGGUCUGAGUUGGAUUUCUACAUCGACAACGACAUGAUUCACAUUGCAGACACUAAGGUGGCCCACCGUUACGGCGACUUCUUCAUUCGCAAACUUCUCAAGUUUGAGGAACUGAACAGAAAACUACAUCUAAUUAAAAUUUAAACAUGUAAUCCAUAGCCCUGAUCAAUAAAUAUAAUUAAUCCCAUCUCCGCAUCACCUUCUGAUGAAUUUAUGCAAAAUUACAAGAAAUAUUAUAACAUUUGAAGUAAUUCUGUUUAUGUUCGGCACAUAUUCUUGAUCAGGUAUAUAAGAUUUGUAACCCACAAUUUUCAAAUAAAAAUCAAGAACAAUA